AUGGGCGACUUUGCGGAAAAGAGUGGCAUUGUGGCUUUGGAAACAGAUUGGGGGCGUUGGUGGCAAACGGGUAAACUGAGGGACACAGUCCGAGGUGAUGAAACUGUGUGGACCCUUGAAGAUGGCGUUUUGUUACGGAUUGUACUUGUGAAAGCAACGGACUUCGCCAAUUCGGAGAAAGUGUGGGAAAGUUUGCUUGACGGCAAAUAUGUCGCCACACCAGAAGUGUAUUUUGCGAUGCAGAAGAAGCUUGACUUGGAAAAAUUUCAGAUGGAGAAUCCUGGAUUUGAUUUCAGCAGUGCCGAACUUGAUGCCAAAUUUGACAAGAUUCCAAGUUCUGUUGUUAAACAGCUUCAAAAUGCGCAGCAGUCUGGUAGUUCUUGAUGGCUGUCAAAAAUAUCGAUCUCAUAUUUUAACAUACA